AUGAGGGGGAAAUACUUUCUGCUCGGUUACUUGUUGGUCAAAGUUAUGGCGCUGGUCUGCAAGGCGGACGGAGAACCAGGACAACUGGAUGGCUUUGUCAUGAUGACGACGUCCAACGGAUCUAGGGAGGACGAGGGCGCAGGCUUCUCAGAGCCCCCACACACGGAGGACCGGUGCCGGGGGUACUAUGAUGUGAUGGGCCAGUGGGACCCGCCGUUCGUUUGCAAAACGGGCGAUUAUCUGUAUUGCUGCGGCACCUGUGGCUUUCGGUUCUGCUGCUCCUACAAGACCUCGCGGCUGGAUCAGAGCACCUGUAAAAACUACGACACUCCGGUGUGGAUGAUGACAGGUCAAACCCCGUUUAAGAAAAACGACCUCCGGCACGACCCCACCAAAGAUAAAACUAAUUUAAUCGUGUAUAUAAUCUGUGGAGUAGUCGCUAUCAUGGCACUUGUUGGGAUAUUCACCAAACUCGGCCUGGAAAAGGCGCACCGACCCGAGAGAGAGAAUAUGGCUAGGGCUGUCCAAAGCGUGUUACAGGUCGGCAGUCCAGGUGAGCAGUUCCAGGGGGAGGACACCCUUGGCAUGCACGCACAGCACUAUGACACAAGGGCCAACAACCUCCAGGGAGGUCAGAUUAACAGCACCGUGGGCCAGCCACACCCCUACCCUGCUCUGAGCCAGCUGGCUCACGUCUAUGAACAGCAACAACCUGGGAAGGAACUCAACAAGUAUGCCUCGCUCAAGCUCGUCGCGGCCAAGGCCAACGGCGACUUCUACAACAAGCGGCGUCUGAUGGUGGAACUGCCAUCCGAAGGCGGCCUCCCCCUCCAACAAAUGAACGCCAUGCGACCUAUGAACCCUAUGACCAACAACCCUAUUUCCCACAACCCAAUUAAUAACCCCACCAUGACCCACAAUCCAAUGAACAACCCCACCAUGACCCACAAUCCAAUGAACAACCCCAUGGCCCACAUCAACCCCACGGCCCACAUCAACCCCACUGCCCACAACAACCCCAUGUCCCACAUCAACCCCAUGUCCCACAUCAACCCCACUGCCCACAACAACCCCAUGCCCCACAUCAACCCCAUGUCUCACAACAACCCCAUGCCCCACAUCAACCCCAUGUCUCACAACAACCCCAUGUCCCACAAAACCCCCAUGGCCCACAACAACCCCAUGUCUCACAACAACCCCAUGGCCCACAACAAUCCCAUGCCCCACAUCAACCCCAUGUCUCACAACAAUCCCAUGGCCCACAACAAUCCCAUGCCCCACAUCAACCCCAUGUCUCACAACAAUCCCAUGGCCCACAACAAUCCCAUGGCCCACAACAAUCCCAUGGCCCACAACAUCCCCAUGGCCCACAACAUUCCCAUGGCCCACAACAACCCCAUGGCCCACAACAACCCCAUGGCCCACAACAACCCCAUGGCCCACAAUCCCGUGAAUCCCAUCAGCCCCCUGGGCUCCCUGGGCCCAGAGCCCGUGGCCACCUACAUCACAGAGAUGCCCAGCAGCUUGCCCAUUCUAUCCAGCUCCCACCAGGGCUCCACCAUGCCAGCCGCGCCCAAGCAGAACGCACUGAAGCCCCAAAGACUCAGCAGCAGUGGCGGCGACAGAGUCAGUAAUAAAGGUUCAGGAGCCAUGACCAUGUCCAGCAUGACUAGAACAGGGACUUUCCCAGGGCCUCACCGCCACACCGGGACGGUUCCCGGUCCUCACCGCCAACAACAACACCACCACCAACAUCAAGAGCAACAACACCACCCACUGGCCUACAGCUCCAACACCAUCGCUGCCCCCAGGGGGAUGGGGGGGGGGAUGGGUCUGAAGGGCUGGGGGGGGACUGAGACGGUAGGCAGGAGGAAGGGUUACGGCUCCAAGAGGCCCCAGUGUACGGUGGAGCAGAUCAACAAGCUGCACAGUCAGUCCCGCUCCCAGAGCCACAGUCAGCACUUCCUGCCCACUCAGCCUUACUUUGUGACCAACAGUAAGACGGAGGUGACUGUGUGAGAGAGUGGGAGACGGGGACGAAGGUUGCCCAAAGCAGAGUCACCCAACAGGCAAAGAGGGAGAGGACAGAGAUGGUGGUGUGUAAGGCCCAGGUUGUUUUGUGUCUUUCUGGGAGCGGGGGCCAGAACAGUGCACCCUGGUGGUGUGGCAGUGUGCUUGCGUGUGUCGUCCAGUAUGAGUGGAUAACUGCACAUGUGACUGUCAGUCAAUCCUACACAGAUCCUCAGUCAGAGGGCAGGGGGGCGGAAUUGUAUAACCAUGGCAACGUCCAACAGAAGUAUCAAAUUCAUUGUGUGUGUUCUAAUAUCUUCUGUGUAAUGACAACAUUAUCAACCAAUGACAGUGAAACGCGAAUCCAGCAACAGCAAAAGGAAACAUGAGAUUGCCAUGGAUUGCAUUACCAAAUCUGACAAGCAAUAUGAGAUCUAUGGACACCACAGUGGCUGGGGCUAAAACAUUGAGCAGGGAAACAACAAACUGUAGGGAAAGGAAAAGACAUUCAUUAAGGAGGCUCUCUCCUACAAAGCCAUUGAAUCCGCCACAGUUUUAGGUUUAUGGGAUAUGGCUACGAACAUUAUGGGCUUUGUUCUGUGCUUGUAGCCUUGAGAAGUCUCUUGGUCAUCAACACAGAGAAUGGAGGCCGUUGUCCUGUAUAUUUGAAGUACAGUACUUGAUCACAGCUGACCCGAAGGCAAGGAGGCUGAAGCAUCAUCUGGAGGAUAGUACUGUACUCCUGAAAGACUCAUCAGUCACAAUGCUGUGCACACAUAGAAUCUGUGAUCCAAUAUUUAAAGAUGUGACUACAGAACAUGGCCAUCUGUAGUGAUACCAGCAAGCUUUUAUAUUCCCCCUUUUCUCUCUCUUUCAUUUUCUCUAUCCCACUGAGAAAAGGCAACCUUCAGGUAAAGACAAUGUAAAGAGAGAGAAAGUGGUUCUGAAUCGUUUCUGUUCUACAGCGUAUGGCGAGGCCCCGAUAAGAACUAUGAAACCGUAUUGAGAGAUAUCCCUCACCUGUAUUAUUGCUACACAGUAUUGUGAUUUAUAUAAUGUACCAACAUUUGUAUUUCUGUUUGUAUUUUUGUAUGACUGUGUUCUCUUGACCUUUGGCCAUCUCUUCACUCUGGCGUUUGUGGAAAAUACUGUUGCUAGGGCAUCCAAAUAUAUAAUGGUCUAAAAGUAGAAGACAAAACCUCAUCAAGCAAAUUGAACAGUCAAAUCAAUACAAGCUGAAUUUAUAGUUCCAUUUCAGCCUAUAGAAAGCAUACUGCAUUCAUGUACUGUGUUUCUGGUUGUAAACAUCCCCCAUGUGCUUCUGAUUGUAAACAUCCCCCAUGUGCUCCUGAUUGUAAACAUCACCCAUGUGUUUCUGAUUGUAAACAUCCCCCAUGUGCUUCUGAUUGUAAACAUCCCCCAUGUGUUUCUGAUUGUAAACAUCCCCCAUGUGUUUCUGAUUGUAAACAUCCCCCAUGUGCUUCUGAUUGUUAACAUCCCCCAUGUGUUUCUGAUUGUAAACAUCUCCCAUGUGUUUCUGAUUGUAAACCCCUCAUGUGUUUCUGAUUGUAAACAUCUCCCAUGUGUUUCUGAUUGUAAACCCCUCAUGUGUUUCUGAUUGUAAACAUCUCCCAUGUGUUUCUAAUUGUAAACCCCUCAUCAGUUUCUGAUUGUAAACAUCCCCCAUGUGUUUCUGAUUGUAAACAUCCCCAAUGUGCUUCUGAUUGUAAACAUCCCCCAUGUGUUUCUGAUUGUAAACAUACCCCAUGUGUUUCUAAUUGUAAACCCCUCAUGUGUUUCUGAUUGUAAACAUCCCCCAUGUGUUUCUGAUUGUAAACAUCCCCCAUGUGUUUCUGAUUGUAAACAUCCCCCAUGUGUUUCUGAUUGUAAACAUCCCCCAUGUGUUUCUGAUUGUAAACAUCUCCCAUGUGUUUCUGAUUGUAAACAUCCCCCAUGUGUUUCUGAUUGUAAACCCCUCAUGUGUUUCUGAUUGUAAACAUCCCCCAUGUGUUUCUGAUUGUAAACAUCCCCCAUGUGUUUCUGAUUGUAAACAUCCCCCAUGUGUUUCUGAUUGUAAACAUCUCCCAUGUGUUUCUGAUUGUAAACAUCUCCCAUGUGUUUCUGAUUGUAAACUCCUCAUGUGUUUCUGAUUGUAAACAUCCCCCAUGUGUUUCUGAUUGUAAACAUCCCCCAUGUGUUUCUGAUUGUUAAUAUCCCCCAUAUGUUUCUGAUUGUAAACAUCCCCCAUGUGUUUCUGAUUGUAAACAUCCCCCAUGUGUUUCUGAUUGUAAACAUCCCCCAUGUGUUUCUGAUUGUAAACAUACCCCAUGUGUUUCUGAUUGUUAUUAUCCCUAAUGUGUUUCUGAUUGUAAACAUCCCCCAUGUGUUUCUGAUUGUAAACAUCCCAAAUGUGUUUCUGAUUGUAAACAUCCCCCAUGUGUUUCUGAUUGUAAACAUCCCCCAUGUGUUUCUGAUUGUAAACAUCCCCCAUGUGUUUCUGAUUGUAAACAUCCCCCAUGUGUUUCUGAUUGUAAACAUCUCCCAUGUGUUUCUGAUUGUAAACCCCUCAUGUGUUUCUGAUUGUAAACAUCCCCCAUGUGUUUCUGAUUGUAAACAUCCCCCAUGUGUUUCUGAUUGUAAACAUCCCCCAUGUGUUUCUGAUUGUAAACAUCCCCCAUGUGUUUCUGAUUGUAAACAUCCCCCAUGUGUUUCUGAUUGUUAACAUCCCCCAUGUGUUUCUGAUUGUAAACAUCCCCCAUGUGUUUCUGAUUGUAAACCCCUCAUGUGUUUCUGAUUGUAAACAUCCCCCAUGUGUUUCUGAUUCUAAACCCCUCAUGUGUUUCUGAUUGUAAACAUCCCCCAUGUGUUUCUGAUUGUAAACAGCCCCCAUGUGUUUCUGAUUGUUAACAUCCCCCAUGUGUUUCUGAUUGUAAACAGCCCCCAUGUGUUUCUGAUUGUAAACAUCCCCCAUGUGUUUCUGAUUGUAAACAUCCCCCAUGUGUUUCUGAUUGUAAACAUCCCCCAUGUGUUUCUGAUUGUAAACAUCCCCCAUGUGUUUCUGAUUGUUAACAUCCCCCAUGUGUUUCUGAUUGUAAACAUCCCCCAUGUGUUUCUGAUUGUAAACCCCUCAUGUGUUUCUGAUUGUAAACAUCCCCCAUGUGUUUCUGAUUCUAAACCCCUCAUGUGUUUCUGAUUGUAAACAUCCCCCAUGUGUUUCUGAUUGUAAACAUCCCCCAUGUGUUUCUGAUUGUUAACAUCCCCCAUGUGUUUCUGAUUGUAAACAUCCCCCAUGUGUUUCUGAUUGUUAACAUCCCCCAUGUGUUUCUGAUUGUUAACAUCCCCCAUGUGUUUCUGAUUGUAAACAUCCCCCAUGUGUUUCUGAUUGUUAACAUCCCCCAUGUGUUUCUGAUUGUUAACAUCCCCCAUGUGUUUCUGAUUGUAAACAUCCCCCAUGUAUUUCUGAUUGUAAACAUCUCCCAUGUGUUUCUGAUUGUUAACAUCCCCCAUGUGUUUCUGAUUGUAAACAUCCCCCAUGUGUUUCUGAUUGUUAACAUCCCCCAUGUGUUUCUGAUUGUAAACAUCCCCCAUGUGUUUCUGAUUGUAAACCCCUCAUGUGUUUCUGAUUGUAAACAUCCCCCAUGUGUUUCUGAUUGUAAACCCCUCAUGUGUUUCUGAUUGUAAACAUCCCCCAUGUGUUUCUGAUUGUAAACAUCCCCCAUGUGUUUCUGAUUGUUAACAUCCCCCAUGUGUUUCUGAUUGUAAACAUCCCCCAUGAGUUUCUGAUUGUUAACAUCCCCCAUGUGUUUCUGAUUGUUAACAUCCCCCAUGUGUUUCUGAUUGUAAACAUCUAUGUGUUUCUGAUUGUAAACAUCUCCCAUGUGUUUCUGAUUGUAAACAUCUCCCAUGUGUUUCUGAUUGUAAACCCCUCAUGUGUUUCUGAUUGUAAACAUCCCCCAUGUGUUUCUGAUUGUAAACAUCCCCCAUGUGUUUCUGAUUGUAAACAUACCCCAUGUGUUUCUGAUUGUUAAUAUCCCCCAUGUGUUUCUGAUUGUAAACAUCCCCCAUGUGUUUCUGAUUGUAAACAUCUCCCAUGUGUUUCUGAUUGUAAACAUCCCCCAUGUGUUUCUGAUUGUAAACAUCUCCCAUGUGUUUCUGAUUGUAAACAUCUCCCAUGUGUUUCUGAUUGUAAACAUCUCCCAUGUGUUUCUGAUUGUAAACCCCUCAUGUGUUUCUGAUUGUAAACAUCCCCCAUGUGUUUCUGAUUGUAAACAUCCCCCAUGUGUUUCUGAUUGUAAACAUCCCCCAUGUGUUUCUGAUUGUAAACAUCCCCCAUGUGUUUAUUUUCUUUCUCUUCUUUGCUCAUGUAAAGGACGUCACACUGCUUGUUUAUCGAGUGCCACUUCCUCCUGAUUCGGCCCAUACCAUUUUGCCUCCCGAGUGGCGCAGAGGUCUAAGGCACUGCAUCUCAGUGAUAAAGGUGUCAUUACAGACCCUGGUUCGAUCCCGGGUUGUAUCACAACCGGCUGUGAUCGGGAGUCCCACAAUUGGCCCAGUGUUGUCUGGGUUAGGGGAGGGUUUGGCCGGGGUAGGCCGUCAUUGUAAAAAAGACUUUGUACUUAACUGACUUGCCUAGUUAAAUAAAAAAAUUAACAAUU